ACGUGCACAUCAACUUCUUCGUAACAUGGAACCACCUGAUCGUUUCCACUACGUGUUUAGCUGCGACCUUGAACUCAAAUUGCAGAUAAAAAUCGGAACGCUCGAAGGCAAACGGGAACGAAGGAGCUUCAAAGCCAUAGUGGAAGAUCCUCAAUUAAAAUUUUCCGGGCUAUAUCAAAGCUCUUGCUCUGAUCUGUAUGUGACCUGCCAAGUCUUGGACAACGGACGGCCUCUUUCCUUGCCUACACAGACUGCGUAUAAAGCGUUCAGCACUCGGUGGAAUUGGAAUGAAUGGUUGACAUUACCAAUCAAAUACAAGGACAUUCCACGGACAGCUCUAAUUACGUUUACUGUUUGGGAUGUUUAUGGUCAUGAAAAAGAUCUACCAGUUGGCAGCACUGUGAUUCCUGCUUUUAAUAAACAUGGAGUGUUGCAACAUGGAAUUCAUGAUCUGCGUGUGAACCCUGAUACCAUUGGAUCUGAUUCGAACACUUUAUUGGAAACAUCAGCUACUGCUACUGGAGAAAUGGCAAAGCUUUCUGUUUUGGCAAAACGACACAGGAAAGGUCGAAUGAUGAAAAUGGACUGGCUUGAUAGACUCACAUUUAGAGAGAUUGAGCAGAUCAAUGAGAGAGAAAAACGAAGUUCCAACUUUAUGUACUUGAUGGUUGAGUUUCCUCAGUUUCAUAAUGGUGAUCUGGAGCAUCUCAUUAUCUUUUAUGAACGUAACUGUGAUAAUCAAAUGGAUGUGGUUCAAAGAUGCAAUGACCUGGUCUUAGUGCCGGACCCAGAGAUGUUCAGAGAUAAUGUUGUUGAAAUAAAGCAUCACAAGAUGACAAGAAGUCUGCGACAUGGACCAGUUGCCAGAGAACUGAAACCCAAUCUUCCAGCACGAGACCAGCUCAAUGCAAUUGUACGCUAUCCACCAGGCAAAUCUCUCACUUCAGAAGAGCUGGACAUUGUCUGGAAGUUUCGUUAUUACUUAACACGAGAUAAAAAGGCACUAACAAAGUUUCUGCGGUGUGUUGAUUGGACGAGUGAACAGGAAGUGGCACAGGCAGUAGAUCUCAUGAGAAAGUGGCAACCGAUUGAUGUGGAGGAUGCCCUAGAGUUACUGUCAAGUCAGUUCACUCACGACAGUGUUCGCCAGUAUGCAGUGUCAAGACUGGCUCAAGCAUCAGAUGAGGAUCUCUUACUCUAUUUACUGCAGCUGGUUGCAGCUGUUCGAUAUGAGAAGGUAGCAGAUGAUUUGAUUGCCACCAAUGCAGCAACAUCACAUUAUGCAGAUGAAUCAGAGUCUGCGCCUCAAGGUGGUGAUCCUCUUGGAGUUGGCGGCGACCCUCUUGGAGUUGGUGGCGAUCCUUUAGGAGUCACAGGGCGAAAUCUGACAACAGGUGAAGAAAAAGCACUUGUUGUUCAGGAGGAUGAGCGACUGAAACUGGGUCCUUUUCUAGUUGCAAGAGCUUGUGCAAAUCCAGUUGUUGCAAACUAUUUAUACUGGUACAUCAUGGUAGAAAUAGAAGAUAAAGAUCCUCAGAUAGCAGGGAGAUACAUGGCACUUAAAGGUAGUCUCUUGUUGGCCUUGACUCAGGGAGAUGCAACCAGUAGACAGUCUCGCCUUAUGUUGAGAAGGCAAACGGGUCUUAUAGAGCAACUUGUGGCACUGUCUAAUCGAUUGAGUGGAUCCAAAGAGAAUAGACCUAAACGGAUUGAAACCCUGAAAUCAGCUCUAGCACAACCAUCAUGGAAACCACAUUUUGAUGAGCCACUAGCUUUGGCUAUUGAUCCUGAAGUGAUGGUGUUGGGAAUUAUAGCAGAGAAAGGAUAUGUGUUUAAGAGUGCUUUAAUGCCUCUUAAGAUCGUCUUCAAAACGACGAGUAAUAAUGAAUAUGCAGUGAUAUUCAAGAAUGGAGAUGAUUUGCGUCAAGACCAGCUCAUCCUUCAAGUUGUAACUUUAAUGGAUAAGUUGUUAAGACGAGAGAAUUUAGACUUAAAACUGACUCCGUAUCAUUCUCUAGCUGUCAGCUGUUCUUCAGGUUUUAUUGAGUGUGUACCAAACACGUCUGCGGUUGCUGAGGUUUUGGCUAAGCAUGGGACUAUACUGGAGUUCUUUCGAAAGCAUGCAUCUAGUGAGCACACUUCAUAUGGUGUCAGUCAAGAAGUGAUGGAUACAUACGUAAAAAGCUGUGCUGGAUACUGUGUCAUCACUUAUCUACUUGGCAUUGGAGACAGACAUCUUGACAAUCUCCUUUUGACACAAAGUGGUCAUUUGUUUCACAUUGACUUUGGUUAUAUUUUGGGUCGUGAUCCAAAACCUCUGCCUCCUCCAAUGAAGCUUUGCAAGGAAAUGGUUGAAGCGAUGGGAGGUAACCAGAGUGCUGAAUACAAGCGAUUUCGAGAGUAUUGCUUUAAUGCGUACCUUAUUCUUCGAAGGUCUGCCAAUUUGAUUCUUAAUUUGUUUGCUUUGAUGGUUCAUACCAAUGUGCAAGACAUUGCUUUGGAACCUGAUAAGGCUGUCAAGAAAGUCCAGGACAAGUUCUGUUUGCAUCUAACUGAAGAGCAAGCAGUGCAUUAUUUUCAGUCUCUUAUUGAUGAAAGUGUCAAUGCUCAGUUUGCUGUAAUGGUCGAGAAAAUACAUAAGUGGGCCCAAUAUUGGAGAAAGUAAAUAAUACAAGGAUGAACUGUUGAUAGACUGUGAUAUUAAUUAAUUUAAAAAAUCAGAGUGUUGUCAUUAAUUUUGUAAUUACUGUAUGUAGAAUCUGAACAUAUGUCUAUCUUUAUGUGAUUUGGACUAUGCAUGGUUGUGCCAUAUAGAAUCAAUGAUUUUGUGUGAGGUGUCAUUUUGAA